AUGCGUCCUCUCUCCGCGCGAUUGAGCUCGCUCGGCCUGCUGCUGCUGCUGUCUUCGGCAGGGCGAUGCUGUGAGAAGCAGGAGUGCAAGGCGGCCGAGCAGCAGAGGCACAGCUGCGGCGGCACCUGCGGCACGCCGACCCCGCAUCAGCAGGUCCCCAUGCCCGUCCCCCCGCCGCUGCAGUGCAUCCCGCAGGAGAAGACGACGUGGGCGACUGACGAUGGGAUCGAUGCCUCGACGCGCGCGUACUGGAUGAGGCAGGCGAACCUGGCCUUGCCGAACCCAUGCCCGUUCGCGGCCUUUGGGGCUGUUGUCGUGAACCAUACCAUCGGCGGGUUGGGCGAGCUGGUCUGUACCGGCGCGAACAAUGCCCAGGGCUCGGGUAACCCGUCAUUUCACGGCGAGAUGGUCGCGAUCAACAACUGCUCGGCCAUCUUGACCGACCCCCAGGGAAAGUACAACAUGACGCCGGCGGCGUCGCUCGCCGCCUUCAAGGACCUGACGAUCUACUCCAACGCCGAGAGCUGUCCCAUGUGCGCCUCGGCCAUCCGCUGGGCCGGGUUCAAGGAGUACGUCUACGGCACGAGCAUCGAUGCCCUCGUCGGCUUCGGCUGGGGCCAGAUCACCAUCGGCUCCAAGGAGAUUUUCAACCAGUCGUCGAGCCUGUCGCGCAAGACGGGAUUCCUUGGCGAGGUGUUGACGGAGGAGACGGAUGGUUUCUUCAACUGGCAGUUUCGUCCCAACGCGACGUGUCCGCAGGGCUGUUCUCGCGCGGCAAGCGGUCGUUGUGCGCCGGCGUGA